AUGGGGAUCGUCAACAGCAGAGAACCUGAGACCGCAGAGUGCCAAAGUUGGAGAAUAGAGCCCAAAUAUUCUACUAAAGUACUGAUUGGAAACUGGCUGGAAGAAAGAAAAAAGGGCCUGCCAAGGAAAUACGUGUUGACCCAUCAUGAAGAGGCAAGCCACCAAAAUCUAGUGUCCCAGUAUGACGAUCAGUACAACAGGCAUGGAUAUAAUCCUUGUCUUCCUCCCCUUCGGAAGUGGAACGGGCACAAAAUGGCGUGGGUCCCAGAGAAGACGGACUACCCGCUUGUCGAGCCUCCAACGAACUAUGGUCUUUUUGAGCACCUUGUGAAAAAGUGGACUCAGAAGGAGCCUGGGGUGAUGAACAGUGUCUACACCCUUUCCUACAACGAGCCCCCAGCCUCGGCUUACGCCAUCCGCCUCCGGCCCAUCACGAAGCCCAUCCUGGACCCCAACCGAGAGCAGCUGGGACUGCUGAGAAAUCUUGAUACGUGUGCGUGA